AAGAAGUAGUGGCUCCACUCUUUUCCUCCACUCCACCAUUCUUCAACUUCAAGCAACAAAACAACAACGCGCAACCGUGGAAAAUUUUCGAUUGAAUUAGGGUUACUAUAUCUUCUUCAUUCAUCAAACUCGAAUAAUUCAAAGCUAUUUCCGAUUAUUGUUUAUCGAAUCGCUUAACGUUGAAGAUGUUUGAACGGAAGCAGUUCAAGACAAGGUUAUGCGCACUCUAUCAGAAAGGUCGUUGCAAUCGCCAUAACUGUUCCUUUGCACAUGGGAAUGCUGAGCUUCGACGUUUUUCUUCCUCCUUUAACGGUGAAUUUUCAAUCUUUCGUUUUUUCAUCUGUUUUUUAAUUUUAAUUAUUUUUUGUUAUGAAGUAGUGUUUGAUUUGUUUAGGUUAUUGAAUUAGUUAGUUAGUUAGUUACAUACUUGAGUGCAUUUUAAUGUUAGUUGAUGAAUGAUGGAUGCAUAUUGUGUGAAUUAUUACUUAUAGAAAUUCAGUGCCACUUGCAUUGGUAAGUCAUUUAAGAGGUUUCUGGCUUCAAAAUUCAAAUGGCCCCCCUGCUGGUGGACGGUGUAAUUAGUAUCCAUUGGAUUAGUCAGUCUUUGGGUCGGAUACCGCGUCUUAAAAAAAUAUUACUUAUAUAAUGUUGUUUACUAAAUCUAACUGAUCACUAUUGUUUCGCGGGAUCCUAUUUAUUUUAGUUAACUGAUCAGUAUUGUUUCGCGGGAUCCUAUUUAGUAUGAAGUGUUGUCAAAUGGCGGCUAAUCGGCUAUUGUGGUGCAAUAGUGUUGUAGCGUAUAGGAAUUUGAACAAACCGCUAUUUUUUGCCAUCCAGGAUGACAUACAUUAUAAAUGCAAUUCUGUAAUUGAUAUGCACUUCAAUUAUUAUUUGGAUUUUGGUGUACUUCAGUAUAAAUAUUACACCUGUUUUGUUCACUUGCUUUGUUGGUUUUAUUUCUCCUCGUAUGGGUUUCUCUUCAAUAACCGUCCUUGAAUUGAGGAAAUCAAUCUUAGAGCAUAUAAUAUCUAUUUUUGUGGCUAACAUCAUCUUCCAUCAAAUCUGUCGUACUUAAUUUUUUUUUUAUUUAUUUUCAAUAUUGUGUUUUAUUUCAUGCAAUUUUAUAUCUCUAUUCUAGAACCUGACAAUCUAUAUUUCAUUUCUGGAUUGCCGAGUUCAAAAGAAUGUUUCUGAAUGAAGAACUUACAAAAUUUUGAAGAGCUCUUCAUAUUCCUUCUUGCAGAUAUAAGAGGACUGUAGAUAUUUCCUUCGACUAUUUGUAGUCCACUAGUCUUUGUGUCUUUAUGUGUUUGUUUUGUGACUUCUACAUAAGCUGGUCUAUUAUUCAUGAUAUAAAGAUGUUUAAGCAGUGAAGAGUCCAAGUUGCCUCUCAUAUUUGUGAUAACAUACUUAACUUGAAUUGGGAAAAUUGACUAAUGAUAAGAAAAUGAAGCAUUGCAUCAAAGGAGAAAAAUGUGAGGAAGUAAAUUAUGCAGUGUCACAUUAUCGGCAUCCCUCGUAAACUAAUUAUUCACAUCUCCAGCUUGUUUAGUCGGCACACUGUUAUUCUAUUUAUUUAGCUGGAUUCAAUACUCUUAAAACACUGAGGAGCUGGAUGCUUAUUUAUAUCUGAUAAUAUGGCUCCUAUGUCCAUUUAUUCUAUGUAAGCAGACAUUGAAGCAUACAUAUGCAAUAACACAUAGCACGUGAGCUUAAUGUCAGAUUAAUAUAUUCAAUUUCAAUGAUCAGACAUCUGUCCACGUUAUCUUGUACAUUGUUGCAUUUCCAGCAGUACAGAUAUUUCAUUUAAAUGAGAGAUUAUUCCUCAUGGAUUCUGCUGAUUGAUUUAUCUUUGAGGCAAUGCUGGUGUUGUUGACAUUGCAUUUUCUUGGCAAUGUUUUAUAUGCUUCAUUCCAUGAAUCUGUGGAACUACAGUGUUUCCUGAAGGAUCUUAAUCAGUCUUACAUGGAUGUAUCUGCUAGCUUCUUAUUUUGAUCAGAAGAGUUCAACAAAUUUCCCAAUCAUUUCAUAUACAAAUUCCACUACUUAAAUGUGAUCUAAUGAUAUUCCUUUUGGCUGUUACUUCUGGAUAUGCCAUGGCUACAUGGACAUAGGCAAAAUGGAAUUAUUAAUGAAGAUGAUAUCAGGAGAUAUAAAAUCUGAUAGCAUUUGGAUGGAUAUUUAUUUCUUAAGCACCUUGGAUAUGAUGCCAUUUGAGGUUAUAUAUUAUAUCAUACUUCUCAACAAGAUGAGGAUGUGAAAUGUUGUUAAUCUAUUUCCACCUUGAUUACACUUCAAAGAUAUAAACUACAUAUGCCGAUUUUACUAUAUCUUUCAUAAUAUGAGGGUGUGAUAUUUUCUAUCUCCUCUCCUCUUACAUGGGAGGCACUAAUAUUAUUCAUUAUUAUGUUUCUCUUGUUAUUCCAGUUAAUGGAAGGAGGGACUAUUUAGGUAAUGACUUGAGGGAUAAACUUGAGAGAAGGAAUUUAUCACCUCCAAGAUAUUCACCUCCAAGAUAUUCACCGGCUCGAGAUGCAAGAGCUCGGCAGACUACUCGCGAAUAUAGUCCACCGAGGUCUCCGGAGAAAAAAAGUGACAGAAGAUAUAAGAGAAAACAGGGCAUCAGUGGCCAAAGCGAUAUUUCUGGAAGUUUAAAAGUCUCUGAUAGAAUUAUUGAUCAAGUUAAAGAAGGAAAACUGCAUUCCUCUGAUUCUAGAAAUACUCUUGAGGAUCAGCUGAAGAAAGUACAUUCCGAUAUCGACACUCUUGAGAACCGGAAAUCCCAACUAUCGGUCCGUCUAGAUGAGAGUGUUCAAGAAGUGGAUAGCCUUAAUUCCAGAAUUCAGGAACUUGAGGCUCAGUUAAACAAGGAGAAUGGAGAGUAUAAAAGAAUUACUUCAAGAAUAAGGAAGUUUGUUCGAAUGCACAAUCAUAAUUUGGAGUUGCAAGAUGAACUUAAGAGAUCACAGGUCCGACUUCAAAGGUUUGGAGAUCAGCUUUUCUCGGACAUUUCUAUAAUUGGUGCUAAUGAGGAAGAUUUUAGCGUUGAUAUUGUAAGCAAUGAUAAAUCAAAAGUGGGGCAUUUGGUUGAAACAGAAAGAAGCGGGAAGCGUUCUCGAUUGUCUGCUCAAACGAAUGACAAGGGUUGUGAGGAGGCCCCAGGCAAUGGAAUUGAAGUUAUUAGGCACGUAGAUCUUGAAGGAAAGCACAAGAAAGGAAUAUGGAAUUCUUCUAACAACACUCAUUCAGAAAAGCAGAAGGAAUCCAGGAUUGAAGUGCCAUCAACCAGCAUGGCAGCUCAUGUGUUUGACGAGGAAGUUGAUAUUGAACAUGAUAAUGGAACUGAUAUCGAUGAAACUGCAAAGACAGAAAAUGAGAAUGCAGUGGCAUUACAGGUGAAGGGCAUACCUCUCAUGCUUACCCCAGAUUUGAUUCCCCGUAGCAAUUAUUCACAGUAUGAGGGUAAACACGAGAACGUGGAUGUGGAUGGUCUCGAUGAAGAGGCAGCAGGAUCACGCAUGGACAUGGUCUAAUUAGUAUUUGCAAUCUCUAGCUUUUUGUUUUGGCGGUUCAAAAGCUGUAUAUUUGAAUCAUAAUAGGAUAGGAUGCAAGAUAGUAAAACAAGAAACAAAUGACUUCAGUACUUAUCUUUGAAUGGAUGUAAUGAUGCAUUCCUUAUUAGUGGAUAUUGAUGUGA